UUGACAGGCGUCGCGUUUUUCUUUUCUCCUCAGACUGUGGUGCUGCCCACGAAUAUGAUGUUUCGAAGUAUCCCCGUCGUCCUUUUGCUGGCGAUAGUUGGCUGUCAUGCCGAGGUAACUCAGAGCAAAUCUAAAGUGUGUGCUAACGUGUUCUGUGGAGCAGGGAGAGAAUGUGCUGUCACCGAGAAAGGAGAGCCAACCUGUCUGUGUAUUGAGCACUGUAAGCCCCAUAAGCGCACUGUGUGCGGCAACAACGGGAAGACGUACCGGAACCACUGCGAGCUCCACCGGGAUGCCUGUCUGACCGGACUCAAGAUCCAGGUGGCCCAUGACGGACACUGCAAAGAGAAGAAAGUGGAUAAGGCUGCUGUCAGCCCGGUCGUGUGUUACGUCGCUGACCGUAAUGAGCUGCGCAGUCGUGUGAUUGACUGGCUGCAGACGGAGGUGGUUCCAGACGGAUGGUUCACCAAGGGAUCCAACUUCUCUGAGAUCCUUCACAAGUACUUCAAGAAUUAUGACAAUGGUGACGCACAGCUGGACUCUACUGAGCUGCUGAAGUUUAUUCAGCAUAAUGACAGCGCAGUGGAGUUACGAUCCUACGCUGAUGAGGAGAGUAACCGCCUACUCAGGAGCCUGUGUGUGGACGCCCUAAUCGAGCUGUCGGAUGAGAAUGCUGACUGGAAACUGAGCUUCGAUGAGUUUCUCAACUGCCUCAAACCUGGCUUUAACCCCCCAGAGAAGAAGUGUUCCCUGGAGGAUGAGUUGUAUGAGGAUGGAGCAGAGACCCAGGUGGAGUGUAACCGAUGCGUCUGCGCAUGUGGAAACUGGGUGUGCACCGCCAUGACCUGUGAUGAGAAAACUCCAGCCGUUGAGCCUGCUGACCCUAACGAGGAGAUGACUGAGGAGGAGUGGACUCGUCAUGUAGCUGAACUCAACAAACAUCAGGAAACAGUGGAGAAAAUGAAGUCCAGCACAAAGGAGGUGUAGGAAGAGGGGAUUAAAGAAAAGACGGAGUGGACCCAGAACAAGAAGAGCUUUCUCUUUCAAACUACUCCAGUCAGGGGCCCCUACUAGAUAAUGUACUGUUACUGAGAAAAUCACACCAUCCUCCUCUUUUUCCAUAUGAACAUGUUCAUUAUAAUGACUUUUAAAAUAUGUACCGUUACUAUAUCUAUUCCUUUUUUUUUUUUUUUAUUUUUGCCUUGAAUGUGUUUUAAGAUAUACAUGUAGUUAAGUACACAUAUAGUUGUAUGUUCUUUGUUUGUUUUUAAGUGCUGUAACUUUUAUGAUGGUAUAAAUCCAAGCCUUUUCAAAGGACCCAGCACUUUGAAUGGGGAUGGGAGGAGCUGUUUGUUUAUAUACAUUUGUGUUGUUCUUUUUUGUUUGUUUGUUUUUAGUUGAUUAGUUUGUUUCCUGUCG